AUAACGAAGUAUUCUGCAUCUUCGCUACAGUCUUUGUUAAAAACAUUAUUCAUUUUUAGGUAAUUUGGGGCAAUUUGUUUAUAGUAGCUGAAAAAGGUAAGCCAUGAUUUUCUGCGCCCGAACCAUCAGCUUCACAUCAGCAAUAUUUCUAAUGUUAUUCACCAAGACUCUGUCUGACACGUCACCAGCAUGCUCUAUAAUACAAGGGCUUCCAGGUCUCAAUGGACGGGAUGGAAGAGAUGGCAUUAAUGGAUUAAAAGGAGAUCCAGGUCCUCCUGGAGCAGCAGGAACACCAGGAAUGAGAGGCAGCACUGGACCACCAGGAAAACAAGGACCUAAUGGAGAUCUUGGACUAACUGGAUUACCUGGGCAGAAAGGUGAAAGGGGAAAUAAUGGAUCACCAGGUUUGAAAGGAGAAAAAGGUGACAGUUCUGGACAAUCAGCAUUGCUUACAAAUAUACAAAACAAAUUAUCAUCACUUGAAGCCCAGGUGAAUCAAUUGCAGCUCAUUAUAUCAGCAAGGACUAAAGCCCUACUGUUUGCUAGAGGGGCUAUUGCUGGAGAAAACAUAUUUGUUACAAGUGGGAAAGAGCUAACAUAUGAUGAGUCAAAAGCAAUAUGCCUGAAAGCUGGUGGCCAGUUAGCCACACCAAGAAAUUCAGAAGAGAAUAAUGCUAUUUUAAAUAUUGCACAGUAUUACAACAUGUCUGUAUACCUGGGAAUCACUGACAUUCAAACAGAAGGUACUUUUCGAUACUUGGAUGGAAAAUUAAUUACUUAUUCAAAUUGGAAUAUUGGAGAACCUAAUCAAAGAGGAGAAGAAGAUUGUGUUGAAAUGAAAAUUGAUGGGAAGUGGAAUGACGGACAGUGUCAGUCAAAGAGACUGAAUGUAUGUGAAUUUUAACAGCAACAUAAAUGUUGGGAAAUUCAGCAAUCAUUAUUUUUCUUUAAUUGAGCAAACAUAUUUACCUAAUAAAGUUGCAUUUGCUCCAAUACCAUUAAUAAAAACAUGUAACAAGCAAUAAACACUUGGUUAUGUAUGA